AUGAAUGGUAGGCUAAUAGGUCUCUUCGAAUAUAUUGAAAUCACCCGCUCGGGCAUUUGUGGAACGGAUGAGCGCUUUUUGAAGACAACCCAGGUUCUCGGUCGUGAGAGUGUUGGCAUUACCAGACCUAUGGGUUCAAACGUGACCACAGUCAAGGUUGGCGAUUGUGUUGGGUUUGGAUAUGUGCGCAAGGUCUGCGGCGCCUGUGGCUGGGAUCAAUACUGCCGGAGUGCUAGUAUUUACGGUGAAUGUGGCUUUGAUGUCGGCACCUUCGGCCAUGGUAUAGUCUGGGAUGCCCGGGCAGUUGAUGUGUUAAGCUUCAGAAUUGGCAUAUAUUAG